AUGAAGUAUCUAAAUAUUCUGGCAAUUGUCUUGCACUUGGCCAUUUCCAGUGCGGAGUUCUUUAGCUCGACAAGCAGUCUGGAGCAGCUAUUACGUACGGAGGUGAUACUGUUAUCAGAGCUACAGAAUUAUGUAAACGAAAUAAAAGAGCAUGCGGAGUUAUUACAAAGUGAAAUCGAUGCUAUUAAAGCGGAGCAUCUAAGCGCCUCGGAUAGCAUCGAGGGUUACCUCAACAAUCCGGUGAACGCGUUUCGAUUGAUAAAGCGACUGCACAGCGAUUGGGAAACCUUCGAGAGCAAUGUGGAGAACGAGGCGAGUCGCAUAAAUUACCUCGAGGCAAUUGCCGGCCACAGGGAGAACUUGAGCUACCCCACGAAGGAGGAUUUUGUGGGCACAGCCUUGGCAUUAACGCGACUGCAACAGACCUAUCAGCUGGAUGUUGGCGAGCUGGCGAGUGGCAUGUUGAAUGGUGUCAAAUACGGGGCGCCCAUGUCCUGGCAGGACUGUUUUGUGCUGGGCCAGCAUUUGUAUGAGUUGCGCGAUUACAACAACACUGUGCCCUGGCUGCAGCAAUCCAUGCAACUUUUGGUGCAACAACACUACGCUGAGGAGUCCGCUUCACUGGACUUCAUGGAAGCUGUCGUCAGUUAUCAUCAGGCGAUGGGCGACUAUCAAAAUGCACUGAGUCUGAUCAAUCAUGUGCUAUCCGUGCAGCCGGAACAACGGCUGCAUCUGUUGCAGACGCGUUUCCAGCUCGAGCAGCUCAUCAGGGAUGGUGUGAAACGCGGCCUGAUGCAUGAGGUGAUGCGUAGUCCAGGGGACUAUCACGCCAGCCGGGAGUAUCAACUCUAUCAGCAGGUCUGUCGGCAGGAAUUGACGCCAACUUCCUCAGCCCAACGUGAACUGCGCUGUCGACUUCACAGCCGAUUAGCUUAUGUGCCUUACAAGCUGGAGGAACUGCACCUAGAUCCUUAUGUGGUGCAGGUUCAUGACGUUAUUAGCCCUAAGGACUCCAUUGCGCUGCAGAAACUGGCUCGACCAGAGCUACAGCGAUCGCAGGUUUAUACUCUAGGUGGAAGUGAUCCAACCUCUGCCAACUUUCGCACCAGCAAAGGCACCAGUUUCCACUACGGAAAGCAUCCGGCCAUGCAGAGAUUGAGGCAACACAUGUCCACUAUAUCGGAGCUGAACAUGAACUCCGCAGAGUUGCUGCAAAUCGCCAACUACGGCAUUGGCGGACACUACGAACCUCACAUGGACAGCUUUGACGAGACCCAUGACUACAGUCAAGAUGUGGACAGUACAAAUCGUCUGGCCACUGGCAUCUUCUAUCUAUCUGAUGUGGAAGCCGGUGGUGGCACCGCCUUUCCCUUUCUGCCACUGCUGGUUACACCUGAGCGAGGCAGCCUCCUCUUUUGGUACAAUCUUCAUCCUUCCGGUGACCAGGAUUAUCGCACCAAGCAUGCUGGUUGUCCUGUUCUCCAUGGCAGCAAAUGGAUUGCCAAUGUCUGGAUACGCUUGAGACACCAAGACCAAGUGAGACCCUGCAAACUGGAGAGGAAUCAUGAGAUCUCUUUGCCCUACAAGAACUACAGCUAAUAGAAUAGUAUUAGGUGAUAAUUUCAAUUUAUUCUGCCGCCAUUUGUGAUAAAAAUAGACAGAAAUUUAAAAUAAAGUAAUUUACUGAUUUGAUUAAAGUAA